ACCACCUCCAGCAACGCUCACAGUAUUUGUCUCUUGGCAGGUGGUAGACUACUACAAGGAGGCCUGCCGGGCUCUGGAGAAUUCAGAAACGGCCUCUCUCCUGGGGAAGAUCCAGAAGGACUGGAAGAAGCUGGUGCAGAUGAAGAUUUAUUACUUUGCUGCCAUCGCUCAUCUGCACAUGGGGAAGCAGGCAGAGGAGCAGCAGAAGUAUGGAGAGCAGGUCGCCUAUCUGCAGAGCUCUCUAGACAAGCUCGGUGAAGCUGUUAAGCUGUCCAAGGGUCAGCCGUCCACCGUCCAGGAAGCUCUGCGCUUCACCAUGGAUGUCAUUGGAGGAAAGUUCAACUCCUCCAAGAAAGACAAUGAUUUCAUUUACCACGAAUCUGUCCCGGCUCUGGAUACUCUGCAGGCUGUGAAAGGUGCCCCGCUAGUAAAGGCUCUUCCUGUGAAUCCCACCGACCCCACUGUGACUGGGCCUGAUAUCUUCUCCAAGCUGGUUCCGAUGGCGGCACAUGAGGCUUCCUCUCUGUACAGUGAGGAGAAGGCCAAGCUGCUGAGGGACCUCAUGUCCAAAAUAGAAGCCAAGAAUGAAGUUCUGGAUCAGUUCACAGACUCUCUGCAGCUCGAUCCGGACACGUUGGACAAUUUGGACCUGUACAGCCACAUCCCUCCGGCCCUGAUGGAGAAGUGCGCGGCGCUGAGCGUGCGGCCGGACACGGUGAAGAGUUUGGUACAGUCCAUGCAAGUGUUGUCUGGCGUGUACACCGAUGUGGAGGCCUCCCUGAAGGACAUCAAGGACCUGCUAGAUGAAGAUAAGAAGCAGGAGAAGGUGAUGCAGGAGGAGGUUGGGAAACAGGCGGCGACAGCGGCUCCCUCCUCGCCUUCCAUUACGGAAGUGAACAGAGAGUGGACCAAGUACAUGGAGGUGCACGGGAAGGCCAGCUUCACCAACACCGAGCUGCACAAAGCUAUGAACCAGCACAUUAGUAACCUGAGGCUUCUCAGUGGGCCCCUGGACCAGCUCCAACAGGCACUUCCUGUUCCCAACCUGACAGAGGAUGACAAGUCCGUCCUGCAGAACCUGAAACGGAUCCUGCACAAGGUGCGGGAGAUGAGAGAUCAGCGUCUGUCUCUGGAGCAGCAGCUGAGGGACACCAUACAGAAAGACGACAUCACCACCUCUCUGGUCACCGCCGACCGCUCCGAGAUGAAGACACCUCAUUACCCUCACAUCACACUCGUAUCGAUCCUCUGCAGCAGUCAUCACCGUACCACAGAUGUCCCUCGGCCAGGCACCGCUCUCCAAUCCGCUUUACCGCCACCUGACUCCGGUGUGUGGAAUCACACCGUGCAGACACUGAUCUCCUCCUACGAGGCCUAUGAGGACCUGAUGAAGAAGUCUCAGGAAGGGAAGGACUUUUAUGCCGAUUUGGAAAACAAAGUCGCCAAGCUUCUGGAAAAAACAAGAGCGGCAUUCGAGGGAUCGCAAUCCAGCCGGCAGGCAAACCUGGAACGAGAGAUGAAAAAGAAGCCGCCUCCCCGUCCAACUGCCCCUAAACCAGCGCUUGAGAAGAAGGCUUCUGACAUGGACCUUGACAACAUUCCUGCAGCUGAUCUGGCCGACCUACAGAGAUUUUCAUCCCUCUUCCUUUCUGAUCUCCCAGAAGAGCUGAGGAGUUUACCGCCUGAGGCCCUACUCGCCCACCUGGACCGGAUGACCGCCGAUAACUUUGGUGCCUUUCCUGCAUAUGGUGGAAUGAGGCCACGCAUGGCAAACCCUUUUCGGGGUGUUAGAACAUCUACCGCUCCCAUGCCUGACCAGCAUGCAGUGCCUUUUAACCAGGUCCCUUUUAACGCCCAUGGUAUGCCAUACGCCCCAGGAGCUAUGCCCGGCCACCCCUACCCACCCGUCUCUUACGGCAAUAUGCCCCCCGUGACUUCGGGAACUGCUGUUCCUUCACAGUUCAUGCAUCCUUCUCAAAAUCAGGCCAUGGCACACGGUCAAAUACCAACCUCUUCUCCUUCGAGGGUGCCAACGGCGUAUCCAGCAGGUGGGCCUGUGCAACCAAACCCAGCAUCGUCCCCUAUGGCGCCAGGGUACCGGCCUGCAGCUGUGGCACCGCAGAGAACUUCCCCGCAGCAUAUGCCAACUCCUGUCUCUCAGUUUCAGCCAAAUGCUGCCGCAAUGUUUGGUUCGCACGUUCCUUCUGCGGCCUUCACCCAGAGUGCAGCUGGUCAGCCUCAUGAUUCCAGCCAUCGGUUCUCUAACCAGAUGCUGCCAAACAAUAUGCAGCCUCCAAUGACGCAUGCAAUCCGGACAGCAACAACUACAGUGGACAGCAUUCAGGGGCCAAUAUCGAGCUAUGCAGCCCCCCGGUUACCGGGACCAGUCCCAGUUGGAGGAGCUCCACAACACCCGCCCUUGAGUCACCCUCAGGGUGGUUACAUUGGAGCCCCCGCUCCUGGCCAGACCACUCCUUUUCCAUACCCGCAAAGUGGAGUUCAGAAUUAUGUUCAGCCUCCCCCACCACAUUUAUCUCAUGCCCAGAUGUUUCCCAUUCCUGGUCAGACACAACAAAGACUGGACAUGCAGGUCAGGCCACAGCCCCUACAACCACAGUAUGGGGCCCCUGCCCAGCCUCAGUUUGCGCCUCAGAUGAGGGCCCCUGUCCACCACCAACAGCAGCCUACUGCUUUUCAACAGCAAGGACUGCCUCUCAGUACCCCAAUGACUCCUCAGCAACAAUUUCAGCAUUUGCAGCCUCCUCACUCUGCAGUGCAACCGAUGCACCCUGGCGUUCAACUCCCUCCUCAUUUGGUGGGGCAGCGUUUUCCUCUUGCGCAGCAGGAUAAGCCUCCUCAGCCUCCACUUCAUACAUCGUUCCCUGGCGCUCUUCCGAGAGCUUCUGCCCAACCGCUACAGCCUGUGCCUCUACCUUUGAGCCAGUCCACAUCUCAUAUCCUCCCACAUGCCAUUCCAGCAGCUCAACCUCUACCUCCUGGGUCAGCCUCCCAGAUUGCACCAUCUAUGCCCUUUGCUGCCCCUGUUAGUGGAGUUGUAAAUUCAGUACACUCGGGUCCUCAAAUGCCAAUUGGGGCCCCUCAGGGUGCAUCCCUCCCUCACCACAUACAGCCUGCCAGCAGCCCUGCGAUCAGCCAUGUUCCAGGUGCUGCUAUUGUUUCAGGGGCAGCAGGUGUUCCGUCUCCGGCACCCUCUCCGCAGCCAUCCCUGGUCGUCCAGCCUCCGGCAGUCCUUCCCUCGGUCGUGUCUACCACCGCAGCUAUGCCUCAGAGACCUCCCCCUUCACUGACUCCUGGAACAACUCCUUUAAGCCAGGGCUCUACGGAACCCGUAUUUCAGAGACAGAAUUCCACGACCGAUGACCUCCUAUCCUCUAGUCCCGAAAGCCAACAUGGAGGUUCCAAGACAACGGUAGGACAGCCCUUGCUGCAGCCGACCAAGGCCGAUGCUAAAGACGGACAGAAACCCAAAGGCAUUCAGCUGAUCGAGAACGACCCGUACGAGAAACCGGAGCACGUGAUGAGGCUGCUGUCCGAACUCGAUCGCUUCCGGGUUGCGGUGAGCUCUCUCGAGAAGCCGGUGCCCGGUGCUGCGACUCGGCUCGACUCGAUGUGGAAGGAGUUCCAGGACGCCCAGGAAAAGGAGGCCAGGACCCUCUCCAUCGCCAUCGCUCGCUGCUAUACUAUGAAGAACAGGCACCAGGACAUCAUGCCCUACGACAAGAACCGUAUAGUCCUGCAGUCGGGGAAAGACGACUACAUCAAUGCCAGCAAGAUUGAAGACCUGUCUUCUUAUUGUCCAACCAUCAUCGCCACCCAGGCCCCGCUCCUGGGGACCGUCUCCGACUUCUGGCUGAUGACUUACGAGCAAAAGGUGUCGCUGAUUGUGAUGCUGGUGUCCGACCUGGAGAUAGAAAAGCAAAAAGUGGUGCGCUACUUCCCCACCGAGCGCGGCCAGCCCGUUCUUCAUGGACAGAUCACGCUGACUCUGACCAGCCAUAAGGUGGCCGACACGCACGUGGAGAGAGUCAUCUCGCUGCAGUACAAGGACCAGAGCCUGAAACGCUCCAUCAUUCACCUGCAGUUCACCUCCUGGCCGGAGCUCGGACUUCCGGACAGUAAAGGAAACUUGCUGCGAUUCAUCCAGGAUGUCCAUAAACACUACUUGCACCAGCGUCCCCUCCACAUGCCCAUUGUAGUGCACUGCAGCUCUGGCGUGGGGAGGACGGGAGCUUUCUGCCUCCUAUACGCUGCCAUGCAGGAGGUGGAGGCCGGGAACGGAAUUCCAGACCUGCCGAAGCUGGUGAAUAAGAUGAGGCAGCAGCGGAAGCACAUGCUGCAGGAGAAGAUACAUCUAAAGUUCUGCUACGAGGCCAUUCUAAAGCACGCGGAACAAGUUCUGCAGAGACACGGGGUCUUCACCCCCUCAUCCAGCAAGCCACAGCCCGCUUCCUCUCAGAAGACGUACACCGUGCUGGACCCGCAGGACCUUGUGCUCGGAGGGGAUAUGACCAUCAGCUCCAUCCAAGCGACCAUUGCCAAGCUGAGUAUUAGGCCGUCCUGCGGCAGCCCCGAGGCCGCCAACCAUUACCCGCCAUCUUCAAUCCCUGCCGUAAGCGAGCAAGCGACAAUGGAGUUGUCGCAGCCGGUCCUUCCCCCGACCUCCUCCCAGCCGGAUCUCAUCGCGCAGACGUACGUAGAGCCGGCUCCAUCUCCGAUCCCGCCUCUGCCCGCUUCCAAUGGCCCCGCCCCCGAGGUCCCCGCAGAAGCCAUUAACCAUCAUGCAGUGGCCUCUGAAGAUGCCGGACCGGAGCCCGGCGGCGCCCCCCCCGCGCCGCCCUCGUCCUCUCUGAACCUGCUGGCCGCUCUCACCCCGGAGGCCUUCAACCUGGACUCCUCCCAGCGGGGGAAGCAGAAGAUGAACAAGCAGAGCUUCCUGCAGCCUCAGAACGACGGCGGCCUGGCCCGGGGGGGCAAGACCGGCGACGACCCCCUGAGCAUGCUCGACCCUCUCUGGACACUCAAUAAAACCUAGGCGCGGACGUCUCUCU